GUUUUUGGCUUCAAAGCACAGCUGUCUGGCGUUUUUUUUUCACAUGGCUUCUCCGGCACCUGCUCCGCCAAAUGAUGCCGACACGAACUUGAUGUUGGACAUGCUGGCAAAGUCGAACUUGCCACAGGAGCAAGUGGCACAUCUGAGAUCGGAACUAGAGAAGGCCAAGAAGCCCAAGAGGAAAGACAUGCAGGACUACUCCAUGUUUGGGUUGUACCUCCCCGACAAGCUGUGGCAGAAAGCGUUGAACCCAAAAGAAGACCAGAUGAGUGUGUUGGAUUCUGUGGUGACCCACCUGGCUGAGAAGAUGGGCUUGCGGUGUCCUCAUGAGCUCACUCAAGGUACCUUGUGCGGUUUGCUGGUUUGCACUAUGGAGGCGCUCCAGAAGGAGAAACAUAAGGAGCCACUCGCCUUGCGUGCAUUCUUCUUGACUGUGAAAAGUCGUGUCGCAACACGCCUUGGAAAGUAUAGGAAGGUUGCGCAACCUGAAGGCUGUGACUACAUGACGGUGUUGCCCUCCAACAGAGAUGAGCUACCGGCUGGCUACCAGCAGCUGGGUUUGGAGUUCUCAGAGCCCAAGGUUCCCUUGUCAGAGAUCCUGUCGGUUGCAAACGACAUAGUCUACAGGAAGAAUGGGAAGUCACUGCAAGUUUUUCCUGUUCCAAACGACCCCAUGCAGGCUUUGCAGGGCUUUAUGGCUAUGCCAUGGGUGGCAGGAUUGAUGGCGUCUUUUCGACAGAUGUCGCAGCCUGAGAUUCCUGUGCACAUGCUCCCGAAGCCAAAAAGUGCUGUGCAAAGCCUCUUGGACCGCGCCAACUCAGGGACUCCGGCAGUGGCUUCGGCAGCCCAGCCUGCUGUGCCUUUGGCCUUGGAAGACAAGCGGGCAGACAAGCCGCAGAACCUGGACGUCUUGCCUCCGUCGUCGGUUCCAGCUCCAGAGCAUCAGGUGGUUCCAGUUCCAAAGCCUGAGCCGGUUCUAGCUCCAUCGGUUCCAGUUCCAUCCCCAGAUGGUCCAAUGAGUUUGGCUGCAAGCAUGGAUCGCUUGAAGGCGGCUACCAACCACGUUGAUUCCGCACAUGAUGAGAAGAAGCCGCCUCCCAACCGCAAGACCUUGAAGCGGCCAGCGUCCAUCUUGCAGAAAUCCAUGAAGAGACCUGCAGGUUCCAGCAGUUCACAGGUUCAGCUGAAACGUCCGCAUGGCAAAGCCGCUCUGAAGGCGACUUCUUCCAAACCGAAGGCUGUGGCUCAUUUUGUUCUUGGGUCUUUCUCGCUCUUAGUCCACUGCGGUUGUCCGCGUGGAUCUCCAAUUUCCUUAACACGCAUCUUUAGUAUUACCGUCCGCUCUUCAAAUCCAUGGAAGGCCAUGAAGAUGACCGACUUGAAAUCCAAAGUGUUGAAGCUCGUGCCGAAGAAGCUUUUGAAGGAUUACCGUUUUGGGUGCUCUUCGUGCCGCUACGUUUCCUAUUGCACACCGUCGUGCUGGGCAAAGCGAGGCUUUUCCCUGUGA